ACGACAAUUAGUGUACGUUAUAGAGCUAAUUAAUGUUACAACUUGGACUUCCUAAUCCCCAAUUUGUCUUUUUAUAAUCUCACCAGCUUUCUCUUUUGACUAAUCUUAAUGAGAAAUUCAACAACUUGGGCCCCACAAUCUUUCCUUACUAGAGCACUCCCUAGUCCCCAAAUUUUCACGACAACUUCAAUGUAACUUCACGCAUUAAGAAAUGUACGUUGAACUGGAAGCAUAGAAUUAGAUCCUGGCAAUAUCAAUUCUUAAUAUUUCCACAACUAGGCCCCACCCAACAGAUGAAAGGCCUCUAUUUUGUCUCGUCUGGAAUGCAUUGAAGUCUUCAAAACAAAUCUCAGCCGUUUGAUUAAACCGUUCCAGUCUUCCGGUCACUCUCCUCUUCUUUAUAUACACCUCCACAGCUAAGCUCCAUUACAAUUUCUAUUCAUUUUCUCUGAAUUUCUGUUCUUGAUUUGUUUUGGGGGCUUUCAGUUUUGUGAUGUGGGUUCAGCAAAUCUUGAAACUGGAUUAAGGAUUUUUUUUUUUUUUUGUUUUUGGGAGGAAAAAAUGGCUGUGGAAAUGAUGGGGUAUAACAACGUGAACGAGCAAGUGGCGUUGCAGGAGGCGGCGACGGCGGGUUUGAAAUCAAUGGACCAUUUAAUUCACCUGGUUUCUCAUAAGGAACAACAAAACAGGCAAAUCGACUGUACAGAAAUAACUGAUUUUACGGUUUCUAAGUUUAAAAAAGUUAUACCUAUUUUAAAGCGGACUGGCCAUGCCCGUUUCCGCCGUGCUCCGGCUCAACCUUCGACAUCGGAGCGGUUCACUUCAGUUGAGUAUCAAAAUCGUGCUUCUGGGUCCUGUCAAUUGCCUCCGGAGCAUCCCCCAGUUUCCGAGUAUUAUAAGCCUCAGCCGAAUCUUAAUCUCAAUCUUUUCCCUCUAUCUCCCGUAGCUGCUUUGGCGCGGGAACCGGUUCCAGCACCGGCAUUUACGCUUGAUUUCACCAAGCCAAGCGUGGUAGGUUCCAGCCCAUUUGCUAAGGAGUGUACUAAUGACGUGAUAUGCAAAGAGGGUUUCGGCUUAUCGGCGGCGCUAUCGACGUCAGGGAACUCAUCGACGACGUUCGUUUCGUCUAUCACCGGCGACGGGAGCGUGUCAAACGGCAAAGGUGGGUCGUCCUCUAUGUUUACGAUUCCGGCAGUCCCGUCAAUCUCCACUGGAAAGCCUCCAAUCUCUGGGAAGAGGUGCCGGGAGCACACCCAGUCCGAUAACAUAUCCGGCAGGUGCCAUUGCAAGAAGAGGAAAUCCAGGGUGAGGAGGACAGUUAGAGUCCCAGCUUGUAGCUCCAAAAUUGCAGAUAUUCCAGCUGACGAGUAUUCGUGGAGAAAGUAUGGCCAAAAGCCAAUCAAGGGUUCCCCAUACCCACGGGGUUAUUACAAGUGCAGCACGGUAAGGGGAUGCCCCGCUAGAAAGCACGUGGAGAGGGCAACCGAUGAUCCAUCAAUGUUGAUAGUAACUUAUGAAGGGGAGCACAGGCAUACGCAACACGCGAUGCAGGACGGCACAUCUGUUGGGGACGAUCAAUUUGUUGUGUUUGAGUCAGCUGAGAAGUGAAGAAAAAGAAACAAAGUGAAAGUUAGACGAAAGUUGGGCGUCUUUGUAAGUUCUAGGUAGUUGGAGGGGGUAUUAGUAAGGGAAAAUUAGAAACGGAAUAGCUAGAAUUGUGGUCUUCUUGUAAAAUUUGUUAAAAUAGAGGACCAGAAUUGGCAAAAAAGAAAAAUGUCUAGAUUUAUGAUUUUUAGUUUAAUGGAUCCUUCUUUUACUGAAUUAUUUAUCAAGAGAGCUAGCUUUGAUUUCA